AGGCGGCGGAUUUUGAACUAUCGCAUUUUCACAACCGAUUUUAUCAAUCGUUCCGCAAUUUAAGCAACCUUCUUAUCAACAUGGCGGCUUUUGAGAAUUUCGAUAGCAUCUUCCUGGAUCUAUCCAAGGAAUCUGGAAAGUGCAGAUUCGCCGAGAAUGGAUUGGGUUGGAAACCCUCAGCAGGCGGCAACACAUUUACCCUCGAUCGCGGAGAUAUCGUCAAUGCACAAUGGAGUCGUGCUGCGAAAGGCUACGAAGUCAAGAUUCUGAAGAGAUCUUCCGAGCUUGUUCAUCUUGACGGAUUUCAACAGGAGGAUCUAGAGCGUCUAAGCAAAAUCUUCAAGAACUGGUACAGCAUAAAUCUAGAUCCUAAGGAACAUGCGCUACGAGGCUGGAAUUGGGGAAAGACGGAAUUCAGCAAGGCUGAACUUGUAUUCAAUGUUCAGAACAAGCCCUCCUUCGAAGUACCAUAUUCCGAAAUAUCCAACACCAAUCUCGCUGGUCGCAAUGAAGUCUCUGUCGAAUUCGCCGCCUCGAACGAGGAUGAUACGGGUACAAACGGACACCUAGGCGGAGCACGAGGUCGUGGCAAAAAGUCCGGUGCAGGCAAAGAUCAGCUUGUGGAGAUGCGAUUCUAUAUUCCCGGCACCACCACUCGCAAGGAAACAGAAGGUGAGGAAGCAGGAAGCGGUGCCGAAGAGGAAAAGAACGCCGCUACAUUGUUCUACGAGACGCUCAUGGACAAGGCUGAGAUUGGCGAGACUGCGGGCGACGCGAUUGCUACUUUCUUGGAGGUCCUCCACCUUACACCUCGUGGACGAUUCGAUAUCGACAUGUAUGAGGCGUCAUUCCGUCUCCGUGGUAAGACAUACGACUACAAGAUUCAGUACGAACACAUCAAGAAGUUUAUGGUGUUACCGAAGGCGGACGAUUUGCACUUUAUGUUGUGUAUUGGCCUAGAUCCUCCUCUCCGUCAGGGACAGACGAGGUAUCCCUUCAUUGUCAUGCAAGCUAAAAAAGACGAAGAAGUUACCAUCGAUCUGAACCUCACAGAGGAACAACUAAACGAACAGUACAAGGAUCGUCUACAGCCACACUACGAACAACCGCUCCACCAAGUCAUCACUUACAUCUUUAAGGGCCUCGCCAACAAGAAGAUCACCUCUCCAGCCAAGGAUUUUAUGACGCACAGGAACCAGUUCGGCAUCAAGUGUUCCAUCAAGGCAGCAGAAGGUUUUCUUUACUGUCUCGAGAAAGCUUUCAUGUUCGUGCCUAAGCCUGCGACUUACGUAUCCUACGACCAGACGUCCUCUAUCGUGUUCUCCCGUGUCAGCGGCGCUGUCUCGGCCUUGUCGACUUUCGACAUUGCAGUCCAUAUGAAGAGUGGAGGCGCCCCGCAUUCCUUCAGUAACAUUAAUCGAGAAGACUUGAAGGCGCUUGAGGGCUUCUUCAAACUAAAGGGCCUACGUGUUAAGAACGAGAUUGACGAAGACGCUAACCUACUUGCGGCCGCUCUGCGCGAGGAGGCCAUGGAUGAGUCCGAGGAGGAGGUAGUCGGACCUAGAGCCGAUCGCGGAUCAGCCGACGAAGACGAAGAAAGCGUAGACGAGGACUUCCAGGCCGAGAGCGAAAGUGAUGUGGCCGAAGAGUACGAUUCCGCUCACGAAUCAUCGGGCUCCGGUAGUGCGGAGAGCGAUGUUGAUGGCGGGGCGGGUGACAACGAAGAUGAGGAGAUGUUGGACGAGGAGGAAGAGGAGGAAGCAAAGCCCAAGGCGAAGAAACAGAAGAUUUCCAAAUAAAGGGGAUGCUCGUCCCUUUUCUGUGCCUAAUCAUCCCUGGCAUAAACCUGAGUUUUAUCAUUGAAUGGUUCAAGGGCAAGGUCCGGUGGCAAUGGCGUUAAGGUAGCUAACUAGCUCUAUUGGCUUCGUUGGGUCCCUGGAGUAGUUGCAAUUACGUUUGUGCGACCAAGGGAAUCUGAUUUAAGCAUCUAACCAUUUUGAUAAG